AUGUCGUCACCACGCCCGAAAUCCCCUCGGACUCCUGUAUUGCCUAAAAAGGAAGAUAAAGAAGAAUCAUUUUGGGACAAAAUUGGCACCAUAGGACGUAAAAAGCGCAUAAAAGAAGUGCAAGAUGUACAGGCUGAGGGAAAAUAUGCAAUUGAUUCUCCAGGGAGUCCAACUGCUCCGGAGAUACCACCUGAAGAAUACAGUUUACAUGACAAUGAAGAAAGAGCUAUAAUAGAGCCGAGGUCACUUGAAGACCCAAGAGUCAAAGAACUUAUUCAAGUACUUAUUGAUUGGAUUAAUGAUGAACUUGCCACCCAGAGAAUUAUAGUCAAGGAUAUAAGUGAAGAUUUAUAUGAUGGCCAAGUACUUCAAAAGCUCCUGGAGAUGUUGACAAAGACUAAACUGGAUGUGCCUGAGGUAACGCAGUCUGAAGAGGGACAAAGACAGAAGUUGGCUGUUGUACUCAGAGCAGUGAAUCGGGUUCUCUAUGGAACAGCUAAACCUGUGCCCAAGUGGAGUGUGGAUUCCAUUCACUCGAAGAAUGUUGUAUCCAUAUUGCAUUUGCUUGUUGCACUGGCUCGUCACUACCGAGCUCCAGUACGUCUGCCUGAAAAUGUGAGCGUUAAUGUUGUGGUUGUGAAGAAGGACACGCCAAAUCAACUAUCCCACAGGACAUUUAUUGAAACUAUCACAACGACGUAUGAUGACCUGGGUAUGAAAUGUGAAAGGGAUGCAUUUGAUGCACUGUUUGAUCAUGCACCUGACAAGUUGCAGGUGGUGAAGAAGUCACUCAUUACUUUUGUAAACAAACAUUUGAGCAAAGUCAAUCUUGAAGUGAUGGACUUGGACACCCAGUUUCAUGAUGGUGUAUACCUGUGCCUUCUGAUGGGCCUGCUGGAAGGGUUCUUUGUGCCUUUGUAUGAUUUCCAUCUGAUUCCAGAGGAUUUCGACCAAAAAGUCCAUAAUGUCUCCUUUGCCUUUGAACUCAUGCAAGAUGUUGGACUUGCCAAACCUAAGGCAAGGCCUGAAGAUAUUGUGAAUCUCGACCUUAAAUCUACUCUUCGGGUGCUGUAUAACCUGUUCACAAAGUACAAGAGUCUAGCCUGA